CUGGCGCGGAGGCGGCGGUUGCCAGGGUCGGAGGCGGCGGUUGCCAGGGACGCUGCGGCCGCAGUCGGCGCUCGGGGACCAGACUCCGUAGGGAAGGUGGAGAAGUGAGGCUAGGGGCGACAUGGACGACCUGCGGGUGGAAUGGAUGCGGGACCGGGUGUACCUUGCCUUUCGGCUUACCGACCCGGAGUAUUUCCUGGAUCUGAUGAACCGCAACGACUGCGAGGCGGAAGACGACCUUCUGCACUUCUUGAACCAGAGCAGCGAGGAGGAGGGCGCCGCGGCCGUCUUCUUCUACCGCCUCAUGGUGACCGAGGAGGUGGAAGUGGAGAUAGAUGUUCCAGUAUCUGAAGAGGAAGAAGAGGAGGAAGAUUUAAUGAGCCAGCCUUCCCAAAUAACAGCCUUGGACAGAAGUGCAGGCCGGCCGUCAAUCCCUGUAAGUGACACGACACUUCAGACUAAUACUACAGACCAAGAUACAAUAACGGAAAAGCCCCCCCUCAAGGUGAGUCCCCCGUUCCCACUUUUCCUUCCCCUUUGUCUAGCUGUGGAUCAGAAAUCGCCUUCCAUGGCCCUCCUCUUGGAAGGAGAAUUGAAGAAGGCCCACAGCAUUUUAGGGGAGGCCUGUGUGGUGGAAGUAAAAUAUUGCCUCUCUGAAGUUGUCUCACUUUUUUUUUUUUAUGAAUGGUACAAGCGAUAUACAUAUUUCUAUGUCAUGUUUCCUGUGUUUCAGAAAUUCGUCAAGCAGAUGGUUGACAAAAUGUAUCUUCAAAUGUCUUAUAAUGUUAUUCCCACAGAAUUUAUGGAUCAACAUGUCAUUUUUUUUCUCAGAAAUACAAAAGAGACAAUUAAUGAAGGUAAUGAUAUGAAGGAAGCUAUGGAACUCAUGCCAGAAAAACUAGAAUAUGGGAUCCUUAAUGGACAUAUUCUACGCAUGCUUAAGCACAUUUUGGUUCACGUGUUUAUGCCAGCUCUCUCCUUCAAUCAACACAGGGGGGACUUUUCACCAUCCCUGCUUCCAGGAGAUGUGACACCUCCUGGAGGGGGAGCCGUGGAGAAACUGCCUGGGGAGACAAUAGAAUACCACAGUAUCCAACUAAUACGGGAUGAAUUCCUAAUGAACAUGCAGAAAUUCACCAACAAUAUUCGGAGAACCAUACAGCAACUGGAAGGAGAAAUUAAGUUGGAGAUGCCGGUGAUUAGCCUGGACAGGGAAGUGUGGGAGAUUGCCGCUGACCCAGAAGCAAUGGAUGUCUUGGAGCAAUGUGUGAUCAACUGGUUGAAUCAGAUCUCCACAGCCAUAGAUGGACAGUUGAAGAAGACCCCUCAGGGUCACGGCCCAUUGGCAGAAAUAGAAUUCUGGAGGGAGAGAACGGCGACCUUCAGCGCUCUCCACGAGCAGGCCAAGCUCCCAGUGGUGAGAAAAGUCAUAGAAGUCAUGAAGGAGGCCGACUCCUUGCUUCUGGCCAACCUGCAGCCCCUGCUGAACGAUUUGUACAAGUAUCACGUGGAAGCUUCGGACAACGUUCGCUUCCUCUCCACCGUUGAACGCCAUUUCAAGAAUUUAACGCAUGGAGUUGGAUUUAGCAUUAUUUUGGAAACAAUUCCGUCCAUGAUGAGCGCGCUCCGGAUGGUGUGGAUUAUCUCCAGGCACUACAAUAAAGACGAGCGGAUGAUCCCCCUCAUGGAGCGGAUCGCGUGGGAGAUAGCGGAGAGGGUGUGCCGGGUCGUGAACCUUCGCACUCUGUUCAAAGAGUCCCGAUCAUCUGCACAAAACAAGGUAGCCGAUGCUAAGAACACUCUUCUUCUGUGGAAAAAAGCCUACUUUGAUGUCCGAGCCAAAAUUGAAGCAUCUGGAAGAGAACCACGUUGGGAAUUUGAUAGGAAACGUUUAUUUGAAAGAACAGACUACAUGGCUACAAUCUGUCAGGAUCUGUAUGACAUUUUACAGGUUAUUGAGGAAUUCUACAAUAUAUUUGGUCCAGAACUGAAAGCUGUGACUGGGGAUCCGAAGCGUAUCGAUGAUGUUCUCUGUAGGGUGGAUGGUCUUGUCAGUCCCAUGGAAGUAUUGACCUUUGAUCCCUUUAGCAUCAAGUGUGCCCAGUACUGGAAGUAUGUUAUGGAAGAUUUCAAGAUUGAAGUCCUGGUGAUUGAGAAAGAGGCAAAGAGCUUUAUUGAUGAAUCCUUUAAGACUCUUCGCUCUGCAGAAGCUGCUUUUGAUAUGCUCUUAAAGUUCAAGCACAUUCGCUCCCGGGAGGCUAUAAAUAAGCAGAUGAUGAUGAAGUUCAAUGAUAUUUUGGCACAGUAUUGUAAAGAGGUAAUUUUAAGCAGCAUUUUGGAAGUGGGUAGGAGAAUGAAGGAAUACGAAGACAAGAAAUACGAGCAGUGGAAAGAAUGGACAGAGCAGACUCUACCAUCCCUUCUGAAAAAAAGCCUGCUUGCUAAAACAGUUUUGCUCACUGAUGAUGUUGAAGCUACCACAGACAAGGGGAUUUACUUUGUUAUCAAUUUUUCUCCUGCUCUUAAAGAGAUUAUUAAUGAAACAAAAUAUAUGGAACAGUUGGGAUUUAUUGUGCCUGAAUUAGCAAGGAAUGUUGCACUUCAGGAAGACAAGUUUCUUAGGUACACAGAAGGAAUAAGGCAUAUGUUGGAUCAUUAUUAUAAACUUUUGGGGACAUUAAAUGAGGCAGAGACGAAUCUUCUUGAUGAUCAUACUCAGGAAUUAUCAAGAGUGUUCAAGGCUGGAUAUAAGAGAUUGAACUGGAAUUCAUUGGGUAAUAUAAUCCAUGUACUUCUUUGCUUUUGGAUAGAAUUUUUACAAUAUGCCAACGAGAUAGAUAAAUUGUGUGUCCAUUGUGUCAGAGACUGUGUGGAAGUUACCAAGUGUCUGAGCCAGAGGCUGGCUUGGCCUCUGAUUGGUAGGUUAUUCAGCUUGAGUACAUCCCAGGGAGCAGGUGUGAAAGAAUUCUUUGAAUGUAUUGAACGUGAAAGAGCCAGAGAUUUGGAGCACAUGGUCAGAAAAUACCUUGCUAUAGGGCCAAUGCUUACCAAAGUAGAGGGUCUGGUGAUCCACACAAACACAGGCAAGGCCCCCAAGCUGGCUCCCUAUUAUUUGUAUUGGGAAAAUAAAAUUUAUGAAGCCUUGACAAGAUUAGUCUUAAAGAAUCUGCAGUCAUUCAAUACUUUGGUUCUUGGGAAUAACCCUUUAUUCCAAACGGAAACUAUUUUAAGCGCUCCUGAGAUAAUUCUACAUCCCAGUGCCAACGAGAUAGAUAAAUUGUGUGUCCAUUGUGUCAGAGACUGUGUGGAAGUUACCAAGCAUUUUGUCCGAUGGAUGAAUGGCACCUGUAUUGAAUGUCCCCCCCAAAAGGGUGAGGAGGAGGAGCUCGUCACACUGACUUUUUAUGAUGACGUGUUCCUGAACCCCCAGAUCAUGGAGCAGGCCAUCAUGAUCCCCCAGAAUGUGCACAGGGUCCUGGUCAACCUCAUGAAGUACCUUCACAAAUGGAAGCGCUACCGACCCCUUUGGAAGCUGGACAAGGCCAUCGUCAUGGAGAAGUUUGCCGCCAAGAAGCCUCCCUGCGUGGCCUAUGACGACAAGCUUCAGUUCUACUCUAAGAUAGCCAACGACGUGACGCGGCAGUCCCUGGUGAAGGACGAGCAGUGCAUCCGCCUCCAGCUGGGGCCGCUGGCCUACACGGUGCAGGAGAGCGCCAAGUCCUGGGUGGUCUCCUUGGGGAAGCUUCUCAGCGAGUCAGCCAAGGAAGAUCUGUUCGCGCUCAACGAGGAGUUUGAGAUAUUGUCAAAAAAUCUCAAGACAUCUCCCACCAGUCUUGAAGAUCUCAAAUUUGUCCUCACAACAAUUGCUGAUAUUAGAAGCAGAUCGUUCAUAGUGGAGAUGAGAUUUAGGGACAUUCAGGAGAGGUACCGGACCAUGGCCAUGUACGACCUCUACCCUAGUGAAGCAGAGGGAGAACUGGCUUCACAAAUUGAGGACAUAUGGAAAAAACUGUUUGCAGAAUCAGAGGAAGUUGAACACUCUCUUGGAGGCAUAAAGAGGACAUUUACAGAGAUCACUCGAGCUGAAAUUGCAGAGUAUAGUCGUGAGAUACAGGACUUUGCGAGACGUUUUAAUCUCCAAGGCCCUGGUUCUGUUGGUGAAGACCUUGAUAAAGGAAUGGAGCUCUUAGCUGUGUUUGAGAAGGAGUUGGUGAAGCAUGAAAAGAACCGCCAGGAGCUAGCCAAUGCUGAAAAGCUCUUUGAUCUUCCAAUCACAAUGUACCCAGAUUUGCUGCAAGUGCAGAGGGAAAUAGCCGGAUUGAGGCAAAUCUAUGACAUUUAUAGUGCACAGAAGGCUGCCAAAGAGGAAUGGUCUCAGACACUGUGGGCUAACCUGAACGUCCAGUUUCUCCAGGAAGGUAUUGAGAACUUCCUCAAGGCCCUCAGAAAACUUCCUAGGCAGGUGCGAAGCCUGACGGUCGCCUUUUAUUUGGAAAACAAGAUGAAAGCGUUUAAAGAUUCCAUUCCUUUGCUUCUAGACUUGAAGAAUGAAGCUCUGAGAGAGAGAGCUCUGCCAAUCAUGUCUGAGACCUCAAAAGAUCCUGUGAUCAAGAGAUGCUGUGAAGCUCCAAAUCGACUGACUGAUUUGCAGAAUAUAAAUGAGGGACUUGAGAAAUGCCAGAAAAGCUUGAAUGACUAUCUGGAUUCAAAGAGGAAUGCCUUCCCGAGGUUCUUCUUCAUCUCUGAUGAUGAGCUGCUCAGCAUCCUUGGCAGCAGUGAUCCACUCUGUGUGCAGGAGCACAUGAUAAAGAUCAUGUCUGAGACCUCAAAAGAUCCUGUGAUCAAGAGAUGCUGUGAAGCUCCAAAUCGACUGACUGAUUUGCAGAAUAUAAAUGAGGGACUUGAGAAAUGCCAGAAAAGCUUGAAUGACUAUCUGGAUUCAAAGAGGAAUGCCUUCCCGAGGUUCUUCUUCAUCUCUGAUGAUGAGCUGCUCAGCAUCCUUGGCAGCAGUGAUCCACUCUGUGUGCAGGAGCACAUGAUAAAGAUGUAUGACAAUAUAGCAUCACUGAGAUUUCAGGAUGGUGAUAGUGGUGAAAAACUGGUGACCGCAAUGAUUUCAGCGGAAGGAGAAGUUAUGGAAUUCCGUAAGAUCGUGCGUGCUGAAGGACGCGUGGAGGACUGGAUGACAUCAGUUUUACAUGAAAUGAGAAGAACAAAUAGAUUAAUUACCAAAGAAGCUAUUUUUAGAUACUGUGAAGACAGAACCAGGGUUGAGUGGAUGUUGCUCUACCAAGGCAUGGUAGUGUUGGUUGCCAACCAAGUGUGGUGGACUUGGGAGGUGGAAGAUGUCUUUCGAAAAGUAAAAUUUGGAGAAAAACAAGCAAUGAAGAUUUAUGGCCAGAAAAUGCACAAGCAGAUCGAUGAACUUGUAACUCAGAUCACCAAACCGCUGGGCAAAAAUGACAGAAAAAAGUACAAUACUGUCCUCAUCAUUGAUGUGCAUGCCAGAGACAUAGUUGAUUCAUUUAUAAGAGGCAGCAUUCUUGAUGCUCGGGAAUUUGAAUGGGAAAGUCAGUUGCGCUUUUAUUGGGACCGAGAACCAGAUGAAUUGAAUGUCCGACAGUGUACUGGAACUUUUGGCUACGGUUAUGAGUAUAUGGGUCUGAAUGGACGCUUGGUCAUUACGCCAACUACAGACCGCAUCUAUUUGACACUUACCCAGGCACUGUCCAUGUACUUGGGUGGGGCACCAGCAGGUCCAGCAGGGACAGGCAAGACAGAGACCACUAAAGACCUUGCCAAAGCCUUGGGUUUGCUUUGUGUUGUGACCAACUGUGGAGAAGGCAUGGAUUACAAAGCUGUUGGGAAGAUUUUCUCUGGUCUUGCCCAGUGCGGAGCUUGGGGCUGUUUUGAUGAGUUCAACCGUAUUGAUGCCUCUGUGCUCUCAGUCAUCUCCUCCCAGAUUCAGACCAUCCGGAAUGCUCUGAUCCAUCAGCUGACCACGUUUCAGUUUGAAGGCCAAGAAAUCACCCUGGAUUCUCGCAUGGGCAUCUUCAUAACUAUGAAUCCAGGCUACGCUGGCAGGACAGAACUCCCAGAGUCUGUGAAGGCUUUGUUCAGGCCUGUGGUUGUAAUUGUUCCAGACCUCCAACAGAUCUGUGAGAUCAUGCUUUUCUCUGAAGGAUUUCUUCUGGCAAAGAUGCUGGCCAAAAAAAUGACUGUGCUGUACAAAUUGUCCCGGGAGCAGCUGUCCAAACAACACCAUUAUGACUUUGGACUGAGGGCUCUUAAAUCAGUGUUAGUGAUGGCUGGUGAACUGAAGAGAGGGUCUUCUGAACUAAAUGAGGAUGUGGUACUGAUGAGAGCCCUCAGAGACAUGAAUCUGCCCAAGUUUGUGUUUGAAGAUGUUCCUCUUUUCCUUGGCUUGAUUUCUGACUUGUUUCCUGGGCUUGAUUGCCCUAGAGUUCGCUAUCCAAGUUUCAACGAUGCUGUAGAACAAGUGCUGGAGGAUAAUGGUUAUGUUGUCUUACCAGUUCAGGUGGAUAAAGUAGUUCAAAUGUAUGAGACCAUGUUAACCCGUCAUACCACUAUGGUGGUUGGACCAACUGGAGGCGGCAAGUCAGUUGUCAUCAACACUUUAUGCCAGGCCCAGACGAAGCUUGGCCUGGUGACGAAGAUCUAUACACUAAACCCCAAGGCAAUGAGUGUGAUAGAAUUAUACGGCAUUUUGGAUCCCACUACCCGAGACUGGACGGAUGGUGUGCUAUCAAACAUAUUCAGGGAGACUAAUAAGCCAACUGACAAGAAAGAGAGAAAAUACAUUUUAUUUGAUGGUGAUGUGGAUGCACUCUGGGUAGAAAACAUGAAUUCUGUGAUGGAUGACAAUAAGCUAUUGACCUUGGCAAAUGGAGAGCGCAUUCGACUUCAGGCUCAUUGUUCUCUGCUGUUUGAGGUUGGAGAUUUACAGUAUGCUUCCCCUGCUACUGUCUCCCGAUGUGGAAUGGUUUACGUUGAUCCUAAAAACCUGAAAUACGAGCCUUUCUGGAUAAUGUGGGUUAACAAGAUCAACAACAAGCAAGAACAGAAAGAUUUGCAGCAUCUCUACAAGAAGUAUGUCCCCUACCUCAUUGACAUGAUCGUGGAAGGAAUAUUGGAUGGCCGGCAAGGAGAGAAGCUCAAGACCAUCGUGCCUCAGACGGACUUGAAUAUGGUGACUCAGUUAACCAAGAUGUUGGAUUCCUUGCUCGAGACAGAAAUAGAAGAACCUGAACUCUUGGAAUGCUACUUCUUGGAGGCGCUCUACUGUUCCCUGGGGGCCUCCCUCCUGGAUAGUGGGAGACUUAAGUUUGAUGAAUGUGUUAAGCGAGUUUCCUCCAUGUCAACAGUGGAGGAAGAGGAUGUCUGGGCCAGACCUGGUGAACUGCCAGGGCAGCUUCCGACAUUGUAUGACUUUCACUUUGAUAACAAACGGAAGAGGUGGAUUCCAUGGAAUAAAUUAGUUCCUGAGUAUAUUCAUGACCCAGAACAAAAAUUUAUUGACAUCCUGGUUCACACGGUGGAUACCACCCGAACAACCUGGUUGCUGGAACAAAUGAUUAAAAUUAAGCAACCUGUUCUUUUUGUGGGUGAAUCUGGUACAUCUAAGACAGCCACUACCCAGAACUUCCUAAAGAAUCUAAACCAAGAUCUCAAUAUUGUACUCAUCGUUAAUUUCUCAUCCCGUACCACAUCUAUGGAUAUUCAAAGAAAUUUGGAGGCAAAUGUUGAGAAGAGAACGAAAGACACUUAUGGACCACCAAUGGGGAAACGUCUCCUGGUAUUCAUGGAUGAUAUGAAUAUGCCCAAGGUUGAUGAGUAUGGCACGCAGCAGCCAAUCGCUUUGCUGAAACUCCUUUUGGAGAAGGGUUUCCUGUAUGACCGUGGAAAGGAGAUGAAUUGUAAAGUCCUUCGAGACCUCGGAUUCGUUGCUGCGAUGGGAAAGGCUGGAGGAGGCAGGAAUGAAGUUGAUCCAAGAUUUAUUUCUCUCUUCAACGUUUUCAACGUGCCAUUUCCUUCAGAAGAGUCUUUGCAUUUAAUUUAUUCCUCCAUCUUGAAAGGACAUACCAAGGUGUUUACCGAUGCCAUUGCUGAUGUGAGCGACUUGAUGACGGCCUGCACGUUGCAGCUUUACCAAAUGAUUGUCCAGGAUCUUCCUCCCACUCCCUCCAAGUUUCACUACAUCUUUAACCUUCGCGAUCUCUCGCGAGUAUUCAAUGGCCUUGUCCUUACCAACCCAGAGCGGUUUCAGACUGUGUCACAGAUGGUGAGAGUCUGGAGAAAUGAGUGUUUGAGAGUUUUCCAUGACAGAUUAAUUAAUGAAUACGACAAGGCAUUGGUACAAGAUCAUAUCAAGAACUUGAUUCAAAAAAAUUUUGAGGAAGACUUAGAAUUUGCCAUGCGAGAUCCCAUUCUCUUUGGAGAUUUUAGGAUGGCCUUGAAUGAAGGAGAGCCUCGGAUUUAUGAGGAUAUCCAGGACUAUGAAGCUGCAAAAGCUCUUUUCCAGGAGAUUCUUGAAGAGUAUAAUGAAAGCAACACUAAGAUGAACUUGGUACUUUUUGAUGAUGCUUUGGAGCACCUGAUACGUGUCCAUCGAAUUAUUCGAAUGAAUGGAGGCCAUGCACUGCUGGUUGGGGUUGGGGGCUCUGGAAAGCAGUCCCUGGCGAGACUGGCCGCAUAUACCGCAGGCUGUGAGGUGUUUGAAAUUAUUUUGAGUCGAGGUUAUUCUGAAAAUAAUCUCCGAGAGGAUCUCAAGAACCUCUACAUAAAACUUGGAAUUGAGAACAAGUUGAUGAUUUUCUUAUUCACAGAUGCCCAUGUGGCAGAGGAAGGUUUCUUGGAGCUCAUCAACAAUAUGUUAACAUCAGGCAUUGUGCCAGCACUUUUUCCAGAUGAUGAAAAAGACUCUAUUCUAAGUCAGAUUGGACAAGAAGCUGCUAAAGCUGGAGUAGGAUUGGCUAAAGAAAGUGUCUGGCAAUAUUUUGUCAAUAAGAGUGCAAAUAACCUUCACAUUGUCCUUGGCAUGUCACCAGUUGGUGAAACACUAAGAACACGAUGUCGAAAUUUUCCAGGCUUGGUAAAUAACACAGGCAUUGACUGGUACUUGCCGUGGCCACCUCAAGCCUUGUUUGCAGUUGCUGAAUCGUUUUUAGGGGAGAAUCCAAUGAUCCCAGUAGAUUACACGGAAGAUGUGGUAGGGCACAUUGUUAUGGUCCAUGACUCUGUUGGCGAUUUCAGCAAAAAAUUCCUCCAAAAACUGAGGCGAAGCAACUAUGUGACUCCCAAGAACUUCCUUGAUUUUAUCAGUACUUAUUCCAAGUUACUGGAUGAAAAAACUCAAUAUAACAUAGCGCAGUGCAAACGUCUGGAAGGAGGAUUGGAUAAGCUCAAAGAAGCCACCAUUCAGCUAGAUGAACUGAACAUAAAGCUUGCAGAACAGAAGAUUGUCCUUGCUGAGAAGUCAGCCGCCUGCGAGGCUUUGCUGGAGGAGAUCUCAACAAACACAGCGAUAGCUGAGGAAAAGAAGAAACUUGCUGAGGAGAAGGCCAUAGAGAUAGAGGAACAGAAUAAGAUCAUCGCCGUGGAAAAAGCUGAGGCUGAGACAGCCCUGGAGGAAGCCAUGCCCAUCUUAGAAGCCGCCAAGCUGGAGCUGCAGAAGCUGGACAAAUCCGACGUCACAGAGAUCAGGUCUUUUGCUAAACCUCCUAAACAGGUGCAAACUGUUUGUGAAUGUAUCUUGAUUAUCAAGGGCUACAAGGAACUCAACUGGAAGGCAGCCAAAGGCAUGAUGUCUGACCCGAACUUCCUAAGGUCUCUCAUGGACAUGGAUUUUGAUUCAAUUUCCCAGAGUCAAGUCAAAAACAUACGAGGACUCUUAAAGAAUCUCAAUACAACAAUGGAAGAAAUGGAGGCUGUAAGCAAAGCCGGGUUGGGCAUGCUGAAGUUUGUUGAAGCUGUGAUGGGUUACUGUGAUGUUUUUAAAGAAAUCAAGCCCAAAAGAGAGAAGGUGGCAAGACUGGAGAGAAACUAUUUUCUCAGUAAAAGAGAACUGGAAAGAAUUCAGAAUGAGUUGGCCACACUCCAUGCUGAACUGGAAGCUUUGGGAGCCAAAUAUGAGGCAGCCAUAUUGGAAAAGCAACAGCUCCAGGAGGAAGCAGAGAUCAUGGAAAGACGGCUGAUUGCAGCUGACAAACUGAUUUCCGGCUUGGGCUCAGAAAACGUGAGAUGGCUGGCUGACUUGGACGAGCUGAUACAUCGACGAUUCAAGUUGUUGGGUGACUGUCUGCUCUGCGCUGCCUUCCUGAGCUACGAAGGGGCCUUCACCUGGGAGUUUCGAGAUGAGAUGGUCAAUGGGCUUUGGCAAGGAGAUUUACUGGAUCGGGAAAUCCCCCUGAGUCAGCCUUUUCGCCUGGAGAAUCUGCUCACAGAUGAUGUAGAGAUCAGUAGGUGGGGCUCCCAGGGCCUGCCUCCUGAUGAGCUCUCUGUUCAGAAUGGUAUUCUCACCACGCGAGCCAGUCGUUUUCCUUUGUGCAUUGACCCCCAGCAACAAGCGCUAAAUUGGAUAAAGAGAAAAGAAGAAAAAAACAACCUUCGGGUUGCUUCUUUUAAUGACCCCGAUUUCCUCAAACAGCUGGAAAUGUCCAUAAAGUACGGUACCCCUUUCUUGUUCCAAGAUGUGGAUGAAUAUAUUGAUCCAGUGAUUGAUAAUGUGCUGGAAAAAAAUGUGAAAAACGUUCAAGGACGACAGUUUAUCAUAUUGGGAGAUAAAGAAGUUGAUUAUGAUAUAAAUUUUAAACUCUACCUGAACACCAAACUGGCCAAUCCUAGAUAUUCUCCGUCCGUGUUUGGAAAAGCCAUGGUGAUCAACUACACUGUCACGCUGAAGGGCCUCGAGGACCAACUGCUCAGUGUCAUUGUGGCUUAUGAGAGAAGAGAGCUGGAGGAGCAGAGGGAGCACCUCAUCCAGGAGACGAGCGAAAACAAGAACUUGCUGAAAGACCUGGAAGAUUCUCUCCUCCGAGAACUGGCCACAUCCACGGGCAACAUGUUGGAUAAUGUGGACUUGGUACAGACCCUUGAGGAGACAAAGACAAAAGCCACUGAGGUGUCAGAGAAACUCAAACUGGCCGAAAAGACAGCAGUGGACAUCGAUCGACUGCGUGACGGCUACCGGCCUGCUAGCAAGAGGGGCGCCAUAUUGUUCUUUGUUUUGUCAGAAAUGGCGCUCGUGAACACCAUGUAUCAGUAUUCUUUAUCAGCCUUCCUGGAUGUCUUUAUUUUCUCACUUAAGAAAUCUUUGCCCGAUUCUUUUCUUCCAAGGAGGUUAAGAAACAUUAUGGACACUCUGACUUUCAAUGUCUACAACUAUGGCUGCACAGGGCUAUUUGAAAGACACAAGCUGCUCUUUUCCUUUAAUAUGACGAUCAAGAUAGAGCAAGCAGAUGGCAGAGUCCCUCAAGAAGAGCUGGAUUUCUUUUUGAAAGGAAACAUUUCUCUGGAGAAAAGCAAGAGAAAGAAGCCAUGCAGUUGGCUGCCUGAUCAGGGCUGGGAAGACAUCAUGCUUUUAUCCGAACAGUUUUCAGAUGUCUUUGGGAAUCUUCCUGAAGAAAUAGAGAAAGACAGUAAUAUCUGGAAGGAGUGGUAUGACCUGGAUUCACUGGAACAGUUUACAUUCCCCAUGGGCUACGACACCAGUAUGACCAAUUUCCAGAAGCUGCUCAUUCUGCGAUGUUUCCGGGUCGACCGGGUCUAUCGGGCAGUUACCGACUAUGUGACUGUGACCAUGGGGGAGAAGUAUGUUCAACCCCCAAUGAUCAGCUUUGAAGCCAUUUUUGAACAGAGCACCCCGAAUUCGCCCAUUGUUUUCAUUCUGAGUCCUGGCUCUGACCCCGCCAGUGAUCUGAUGAAAUUAGCUGACAGAUGUGGCUUUGGAGGAAAUCGCCUUAAAUUCCUUGCAAUGGGUCAAGGCCAAGAAAAGGUGGCCCUGCAGCUGCUGGAGACCGCCUUGGCCCGGGGCCAGUGGCUGAUGCUGCAGAACUGCCACCUUCUUGUCAAAUGGCUGAAGGACCUGGAGAAGUCCCUGGAGAGAAUCACCAAGUCCCACCCGGACUUCCGCCUGUGGCUCACCACUGACCCCACCAAGGGCUUCCCCAUCGGGAUCCUGCAGAAGUCCUUAAAGGUGGUCACAGAACCGCCCAAUGGCCUCAAGCUGAACAUGCGGGCCACGUACUUCAAGAUCUCCCACGAGAUGCUGGAGCGGUGCCCGCACCCCGCCUACAAGUCCCUGAUCUACGUGCUGGCCUUCUUCCACGCCGUGGUGCAGGAGCGGAGGAAGUUUGGCAAGAUCGGCUGGAACGUGUCCUACGACUUCAACGAGUCCGACUUCCAGGUCUGCAUGGAGAUCCUGAACACCUACUUGACCAAGGCCUUCCAACAAAAGGACAACAAGAUCCCCUGGGGGAGCCUCAAGUAUCUCAUCGGAGAGGUCAUGUAUGGGGGCCGGGCUAUCGACAGCUUUGACCGGCGCAUCCUGACCAUCUACAUGGACGAGUAUCUAGGAGAUUUCAUCUUUGACACCUUCCAGCCAUUCCACUUCUUCCGAAACAAAGAAGUAGAUUAUAAGAUCCCAAUCGGUGAUUCUAAGGAAGAUUUUGUGGAUGCCAUCGAGUCGCUUCCACUCGCCAACACGCCCGAGGUGUUUGGGCUCCAUUCGAACGCUGAGAUUGGCUACUACACCCAGGCCGCCCGGGACAUGUGGACCCACCUGUUGGAACUACAGCCACAGACAGGGGAAUCCAGCUCCGGCAUCAGCCGGGACGACUACAUCGCCCAGGUGGCCCAGGACAUUGAGAACAAAAUGCCCAAAGUGUUCGACUUGGACAGUAUUCGCAAACACCUGGGCCUGGGCAUCUCCCCCACCACGGUGGUGUUGCUGCAGGAGCUGGAGCGGUUUAACAAACUGACCAUCCGGAUGAUGAGGUCCCUGGCUGAACUGCAGAGGGCCCUGGCUGGGGAAGUUGGGAUGAGCAAUGAGCUGGAUGACGUGGCGCGGGCCCUUUUCAUUGGGAACAUCCCUAACAUCUGGAGAAAACUUGCCCCUGAUACCUUGAAGAGCCUUGGAAACUGGAUGGAGUACUUCCUGAGGAGGUUUUCUCAGUACACAACCUGGAUUUUAGAGAGUGACCCCAAUGUGAUGUGGCUGUCCGGGCUGCACAUCCCCGAAUCCUAUCUCACGGCCCUGGUCCAGGCCACUUGUCGGAAGAAUGGCUGGCCUCUGGAUCGCUCCACCUUGUUUACUCAAGUGACUAAGUUCCAGGACCCAGACGAGGUGAUCGAACGGGCAGGACAAGGGUGCUUUGUGUCGGGGCUGUAUCUAGAAGGAGCCGACUGGGACAUUGAGAAAGGCUGCCUCAUCAAGAGCCAACCCAAAGUCCUCGUUGUGGACCUGCCCAUUCUGAAGAUCAUCCCGAUCGAAGCCCAUCGUCUCAAACUGCAGAACACCUUCCGGACGCCCGUCUACACCACAUCCAUGAGAAGGAACGCCAUGGGGAUCGGCCUGGUGUUUGAAGCCGACCUCUUCACCACGCGGCACAUCUCCCACUGGGUGCUGCAGGGGGUGUGCCUCACCCUGAAUUCUGAUUAGCUCUUGCGUGGGAGAAGCCGGAUUUCUAGUGCCAAGUCCUGAGUUUGGCGACAGUCGUUCUGGGAACUUUGAGGAAUCAGGAGACCUGGGGUCCCCCUCCAGGCACUGAGACUCACUAGUACAUGUCAGGAGAGGUUGCCAUUGAUGGUUUUGUAAUUUGAAAAUAAUAAAUGUUUAACUUUUCCCAGGAAUAAGCCAUUAACACAAAUCAAGGGGAGCUGGUUUUUAUCAAUUUCUAUUUCCUUUUUUUAUGAUUUUCUGUGUUUAGGAAAUAAAUAUGAUUAAAGGAUUUUUAACAUA